GAUUCGAUAGGUUCGAUAGGUUUUUUUCGGUUUUGAGCGCAUUUCGUGACGACAGCAACAACAAAAACAAGAAAUCAAAUAAAUGUAAUUAAAUGGAUGGAAUUAUCAAACGGCGUUCGCUGACGCUCAGUACGCGCCUGCUGCAGAAGCGUCACAGUGCCUCGCCCCAGAGCUGCGGGCGCCCAGGAAGCGGAGGCGGACAAGAUGUGAGCUGCUCCACGGAGACACCCGGCUCUCCCACCUCUGCGGUCAGCAUUGCAGACGAUGUGGAGGGCACACCGCCGCACAAGCGGCAUCCCAGCCUGGACGACAGCGUGGACUUCUCGCCGCGCCUGGAUGUCAGCCUGUCGCCGCACUGCCUCUUCUCGCAGACGCUGGCCAUCGAGAGCCCCGAGGUGGGCUGGCGCUGGAACCGCAGCAGCAACGCCACCACGGACAGCGGCUUCGACUCGGCGGAGCUGAGUGUGCGGGACCGCCGCCGCCAGAUCACAUUCAAGGGCUGCGAGGACCGACGCAGCCAGAUGGACAACAGCCAGUGGCGGGCGCAACAGAUGCGGGCCCGGGAUCUGCUCAAAGAGCGCUGUGACAAGCUGCAUCGUCAGCUGGACCAGGUGGUGGUGUCGGAGGAGGUGCCCACGCCUGCUCCUGUGGCUGCCCGAACCAGAUCGGCCAGCAAGAGACCUUCACCGGAGCCUGCGCCGGCCCCUCAAGCACCUGAUCCCAUGGCUGACUUCCUCAAUGACUCGGAGACGGAUAUGUUCCUGAUGGAGGCCUCGCAGCAGCUAGAGUCCCAGCUGGUGGCGCAGGAACCACCGAAGCCAGUGGGCACCACACCGACCAGUCACCACAAGGCCAAGCGGCCAUCGUUCUACAUGAAGUUUCUGGAGGACGAGAGCGAGAGCGAGGACUGGCUGAGUGCUUUGGAGGAGGCAGUGCAGCAGGCCACCAUGCCGGCAAAGAAGUCGCGAAACUCGCUGCAGCGCUACAAGUCGAUGCCAACGACCGGGGAUACGUCCAGCGGAAUCUCCACACUAACCAAUGUGAUGGCCGGCAGUGGACCGGCUACCUGUACAAGUGCCUCCUCCGCUUCCGGAUCUGCGCUGGUCAAUACACCGCGCAUCAAGCGGCAUGCCAGCUCCCACGCCCUGUCCCCGGCCACGUCGCACGCUCGUGGCAAACUCUUUGGCAGCCGGAAAUGAAAGGCUAGGACACGACACGGCUAGGAGACCAGAGCCAGCUUCCCCGAAUGUGAUGAGAGCGUGGAUAGGUGUUAAGUAUUUUGGUUUUGUUCCCAUUUUUUUCAGUUUCAUUGCUUGUUUUCCUUGACCGCUCGCUAGAAAGGCGUGCACGCUAAUUGAUUCAUGCAGCUGCCAAGCGUCUUUGUAAAUGUAAAUUUAAGGCUAAUUAAAAAUUAAUUGUAAUUUAAACCGGGUCCCUCAAUUGCCGCCUAGAAUGUCUGCUUUGUCUGUUGCUUGUUCGGCGCAUGCGACCCGCCAUAUGCUCGGCAUUAUCGGGCCGGGGAUGCGCCGCCCACCACCUGCACAGGUGGCUGCCACUGGCCACUGACGGAGCCAGUCUGUGUGUAGUGCCCCCCCUCGGCUAAGCUUUCAUUCACCGAUGAUAGGGUGUUCAUUGAGUGCGAGAGCGUUUUAAAUUAAUUGAAAUGUUGGCAGUGGAUUUUCAGUUUUAUCCCCCCUUUUAGUGGCCCUAAAAAGGUCAGAUCGAAUUUAGCACGGCUUUAUUUUGCUUGGGAAGUGACAUUGUAACUUCAAAGUUCAUAGGAUUACAUUAUUUUUAUAUUUCUCUGGGAUUGACUUGCAUUUCUCGAAGAUAAUUUAGGUUUAAGCCAAGUAUUGUUAUUUUUUAAUUACCUAAAAAUCGGUUAAAUAUUUAAGAAAAUUGUUAUUAAGAAUGAAGUAAAAGAAUAAGAGACUAAUUAAUAUUCAAACUAUUUCUUAAGAACGGAAAAUAAAUGGAAAUGGAAAUAAGUACAAAAA